AUGGGACAUACCGUGGCGAAGUCUCAUGACAUCAUCUGCGACAUGUUCCGAGAGAGCUCGAAGCUGCACCAGCAGGCGGGGCUGCCUUGCCCAAGGUUCCACUGUCGCGUAGAGUUCACGGGCCUCUUGUCGUGGGCCUUGGCACAGAGAGGGCUCAAGAUUUUCCGGGCGACGAUCCUCAUGGCCAGAGGGCACUAUGAGCACACCCCGUGGCAGGACACCAUCGGGCACUUAAUGGCCCCAACCGCCAGCGGAUACUGA